AUGAAACUUGGGAGUACAUUUUUCGCUUUUCAAUCUUUUUCGAGCGCUGACCCACUUGGUGCUAGAGGCGGAAUAUCUUGCCAUGAUUUGAGCGAGUAUGAAGGAGACCCGUUCAUGGUCAAUUAUUGCAAGGAGAUUUUGGCGGAAGCGCAUUGCUCGUUUAAAUCCUCGGAAUGCCCAGUUGACGAUUGCCUCUUUGGGCACAAAAGGGACUCCACUGGCUGCGUCAUCGACUCAUGCAUUUGCGACACGGAGCCGCAAGGAAAGGUGCAUUUUGGAGACAUCAUGGUCGACGGCUUCGUGCAAAACAUGAUGACACCGCCUGAUGACACUCCUCGUGAUCCAAAUGUCAUGAGAGCCGCGGACAUAUCCGUUCCGAGAUGGACCGAUUAUCGGGAAGGUGGGUUUGUGUACAUCCCGUACAGAAUUUCCAGGCUCAAUCCCUUGGGGCAAAGAGCGGCUCUUGCAGGAAUGAAAAUACUCGAAGACGGGAGCUGCCUCCGUUUCAGAGAACGAAGCGAUGAGAGGGACUUUAUGGACUUUUUUAUCGGCGACGGAUGCUAUUCUUGGAUCGGAAAACUCGGUGGUGCGCAGGAGAUCUCGCUUGGUGUAGGCUGCCAUUAUGCUUCCACAGCUGCUCAUGAGAUCAUGCAUGCCUUGGGCUUUCAUCACGAGCAAAUGCGCCCCGACCGCGACUCAUAUGUCCAGUACAUAGAAGAUAACGUCGAACCAGAAAUGCGCCACAACUUCAAAACAAUCCACCCUUCGAAGUGGAAUUCAUAUGGGCAGCCCUAUGAUGUCAACUCAGUAAUGCAAUACAGUGGCUACUCCUUCACUCGAAACUGGAAGCCAACUCUUCUCGACAGGAGUACUGGAAAGCCGACAAAACGGAAUACGAAAUUGACCGAGUCGGAUUUUUUCCAGAUAAACGCGCUUUACGGCUGCGAGGAAACCUCAACUCCGACUCCAACGACGAAAUCAACAACGACGACGGCGACAACGGCGACGAAAGAAUGUCGUGACUUCGAUAUUGCUGAGAACAUCGAGCACAGGGGGAAUGACAUCACUUCCUUCCAAGUUUCGCCUGGCGAAGCAGGUCAAAGGGAAUGUGAGCAAAGUUGUCGCUCAAACCCCGACUGCGGUGGUUUCACUCUUUACGGUGAAAACAGAAAUCCAUCCGAUUCGUAUCGCUGUUUUUUGAAAUCCUCUAUGAGCUACAGUAUGUUACUCACCUCUGGACGCAUUUCCGGGUAUAGAAAUAAGAACUGCCCGUCUUCAACCACUACUCCAACAACGAAAUCAACGACGAGGCCGACAACGACCACAAAAGAAUGCCGUGACUUUGAGAUCGAGGAAAAUGUCGAGUACUUAGGGAAUGACGUCGCUUCCUUCCAAGUUUCGCCCGGUGAAACUGGCCAAAGAGAAUGCGAGGAAAGCUGUCGCUCCUCACCUGGCUGCGCUGGUUAUACCUUUUACGAAUGGCAUGUGUUUCAACCCAACCACUGCUUCUUGAAAACCAACACGAAUGUGAAAAGAACAAAUAUCGCUGAUCGCAUUUCCGGAAGAAAAACUGGAGACUGCGGAGCGUCAACGAGCACUCCAACCAUCUGUGCCGACCUGAGCGGCUACGAAAGCCAGUGCGCAAGUUGGAAAUCGUAUGGAUUCUGUACCUCCUACAGUCGAACUUCCAUGGAGCAUUAUUGCGCCAAGACUUGUGGCUUUUGCGCAUCUAACGGCGAAUCGUGCACCGAUGAGUACACAUACUGCGCAUCAUUGGCGGCUGAUGGCGAGUGCUCUAGAAACUCUGCUUUCAUGCUUAAGUCAUGCAAAAAAUCCUGUGGCAAAUGCUAG